AUGAGAUUAGCCGUGGUCGUGAUUGCCUGCGUAUUGGCGACUGCCUACGCCCAAACUACCGCAAGGGCAUUCAGCAAUUUCGGGUUCAAUCAACCAGGACAAUACAACCCCUACUCCAAUCGUUAUCAGAACCGCUACCAAAACCAAUACCAGAACCCGUUCCAGAACCAGUACCAGAAUCAGUACCAGAACCAGUUCCGCAAUCCUUACCAGAACUACAAACCUUUCGUCUCAUCCACUACAGCUGCUCCCAGACGUCCAGUUGAGUCAGUAACUGUUACACCCGCUCCCGUUGUUUCUUCUACAGCUGCUCCAGCUGCUCCCUCUCCAUCCCCUGUAUCUUUCGCCCCAGUAGUUGCCAACAGGGCUGUAUCCGACUCGCGAUAUGCUAACAUCCUCAAAUACGGCAAUGAGAUCAACCCUGACGGUUCUUUCAGCUACUACUACGAGACCGACAAUGGCAUCGCGGCCCAGGCACAAGGAACACCUCGUAACUUCGGUGGCAACCCACCCGUGAUUCCCGAUGUUAUUGAGGGCUCCUUCUCAUGGGUUUCUCCCGAAGGUCAACCGAUCGGUAUCUCAUACGUAGCUGAUGAGAACGGAUAUCAGCCUAAGGGUGAUGCCAUCCCCCAGCCACCUGAAAUUCCUCCCCAGAUUGCUCGCGCUCUGGACUACAUCGCCAAAUACGGCCCACAAAAUUAA